AGAGCGCUGCUACCUCCUCUCCGCAGUUUGCCGAUGUUCUUCCCCAGUGGUUGUCCGCGGAUGUUUUACCGAUGCUUUCUUCACUUCACCGCGCCAGCAUCUCUCCAAAGGUCUUGUUUCCUGCGACAGCUGUAAGGGAUGGUUGGCAUAUUUGACUCAGUCUGAAUUCUCGGUGUUAAUCGUCGGGGGAGGCGAGGAGACCGUGGUACCCCUGGAUAUUACUCGGGGUAAUGCCAGUUCCCGACCAACUCUCCAACAGUGAGAACUCUAGUAUGCUGAGCCCGGUUCUGAACGCCUCUGGUGGAGACGGAGCCGAGACGGAGACCACCUCCGCCAUCCUGGCCUCCGUCAAGGAGCAGGAGCUGCAGUUUGAGAGACUGACUAGAGAGCUGGAAGCCGAGCGGCAGAUUGUGGCCACCCAGUUGGAGCGAUGCAAGCUGGGAUCUGAGACUGGCAGUGUGAGCAGCAUCAGCUCUGCGGAUGAGAAGUUUCGCUGGAACAACCAAGACGGACAGAAGGACAUAGAAGAAGAGCUGACCACCGGCUUGGAGCUGGUGGAUUCCUGCAUCCGAUCCCUGCAAGAGUCCGGCAUCCUGGAUUCCCAGGAGUUCUCGGCGGCCGAAAGACCAGGCAUCCUUUCUCAGAGUGCUCUGCAGCUCAAUAAUCAGGAGGGCACCUUCCCCUAUUCGGCUGGUUACCACAGCAACCACACCCUGGCCCUGGGCGACCCAUCGGCCUCCCAGCCCCCCCUACGUGGCGGUCAGGUGGGAGGAGCCGUGCACAGCUACAAUCAGGUGACAUCCAACCGGGUGGCGGGUGACUUGGUGGUGCAGGUCCAGUCCCGUGACUCCCUCUCCCAGAGCCAUAGCAGUGCCUUCCACCUGCCCGAUGCUCCACCCACCACCUCCAUCUACUACUCCUGCGCCACCCUGCCUGCCCAGCGCGUGAGCUCCCCGCUCUCUGUACACACCCUGGGCUCGCCCGCCAAGCUCCAGCGGCUGGGCUCCGCCUCAGACAUGCCCAGCUACGCCACGCUGCAGCGUGUCUCCUCACCCAAACAGUCGCCAGGCCGCCUGGCCAAGUCCUACAGCACCAGCUCGCCCAUCAGCACAGUGCCCGGGGGCGGGUCGGCCUCCUCACCCCUACACGCCACGCCCAGCCAGGCCGGAGCCUCGCCCCUCCACCAGCUGAGCGCCGCUGUGGCUAGCUACGCAACCUUGUCGCCCACCAAACGCAUGCUGCACACGUCUGAGCAGUACAAGAUCUCUCACGAGCUGUAUGCCAAUGCCACGCUGCAGAGACCGGGCAGCCUCGCAGGCUCCAGGGGCUCCUACAGCAGCCAGCACAGCCACCUGGGCACAGAGCUACGCCCCCUGCAGUCACCCGAGCGUCAUAUUGACCCAAUCUACGAGGACCGAGUGUACCAGAAGGCCCAGCUGAGGAACUUUAGCCAGGGCCAGGCCCCGCCCUCCCCCGGCAUUGACCCCACCCCUUUGCAGCGCACGGCCAGCCAGAAUGCCACGGGAACGUUCCCCCGCACCGGCUACGGCGGCGGGCCGGCCGCGUCCUCCACCGACUACGCCAAUCCCUACCGCACUCUGCAGUUCUGCCCAUCGGCGGACUCGCCCUACAGCAAAUCAGGGCCGGCGCUGCCACCAGAGGCCACGCUGAUCCGAUCACCCUCCGUGGACAGCAUCCAGAAGGACCCCAGGUACGACCCCGAAUUCCUUGUCUGGAAUCAAAAUCAAGCCGAACAAAGAAUGACAAAGGAGUUUGGCUGGAGGGACCCUGAGCUGCCCGAGGUGAUCCAGAUGUUGCAGCACCAGUUCCCAUCAGUGCAGUCCAACGCGGCCGCCUACCUCCAGCACCUGUGCUUCGGUGACAACAAGAUCAAAUCGGAGAUCCGGAGGCAGGGAGGCAUCCAGCUGCUGGUGGACCUGCUGGACCACCGGAUGGCCGACGUGCACCGCAGCGCUUGCGGUGCCCUGAGGAACCUGGUGUACGGCAAGGCCAACGACGAAAACAAGAUCGCCCUGAAGAACUGUGGUGGCAUCCCUAGCCUGGUGCGACUCCUCCGGAAGACCACCGACGUGGAGAUCCAGGAGCUGCUGACAGGGGUGCUGUGGAACUUGUCGUCGUGUGACGCGCUGAAGAUGCCCAUCAUCCAGGACGCACUGGCGGUGCUCACCAACACGGUCAUUAUCCCUCACUCGGGCUGGGACUCCGCCCCCCACCCGGAUGAACGCAAGCUACACCUGCACUCCUCACAGGUGCUCCGCAACGCCACCGGCUGCCUGAGGAACGUGAGCUCGGCAGGGGAGGAGGCGCGGCGUCGCAUGCGGGAGUGCGAGGGGCUGACGGACGCGCUUCUCUACGUCAUCCAGACUGCACUGGGCAGCAGCGAGAUCGACAGCAAGACCAUAGAGAACUGCGUGUGCAUCCUGAGGAAUCUGUCCUACCGCCUGGCGGCCGAAACCUCUCAGGGCCAGCUGCUGGGCUCGGAGGAGCUCGACGGCGUCCUGUGCGCCGACGCCGGCGCCAAGGACGCCGAGAGCUCCGGCUGCUGGGGAAAAAAGAAGAAGAAGAAGAAGAGUCACGAUCAGUGGGACGGAGUCGGGCCAUUUCCGGACUCUGCCGAUCCUCCAAAAGGCCUGCAGAUGCUCUGGCACCCGUCCGUCGUGAAGCCAUACCUCACGCUGCUGUCGGAGUGCUCCAACCCGGAUACGCUGGAGGGGGCCGCCGGGGCACUACAAAACCUGGCAGCGGGCAGCUGGAAGGUAGGCCCCACCCCAAAACCAUGGUCGGUGUACAUCCGGGCAGCGGUGCGAAAGGAGAAGGGCCUGCCCAUCCUGGUGGAGCUGCUGAGAAUCGACAACGACCGUGUGGUGUGCGCCGUGGCCACGGCGCUCAGGAACAUGGCCCUGGACGUGAGGAACAAGGAGCUGAUCGGCAAGUAUGCCAUGAGGGACCUGGUCCACCGGUUGCCAGGAGGCAACAAUAACACCGGAGCCGAGAAGAGCAUGUCUGACGACACCAUCACGGCCAUCUGCUGCGCCCUGCACGAAGUCAUCACCAAGAACAUGGAGAAUACCAAGGCCUUGCGAGACGCCGGCGGCAUCGAGAAGCUCAUCGGCAUCGCGCGCAGUAAAGGAGACAAACACACGCCCAAGGUCGUGAAAGCAGCUUCUCAAGUCCUGAACAGUAUGUGGCAGUACCGGGACCUGCGCAGCCUGUAUAAGAAGGAUGGCUACUCUCAGUACCACUUUGUGGGUUCAUCUUCCACAAUAGAGAGAGACAGACAGAGACCGUAUUCCUCUUCCCGCACACCCUCCAUCUCUCCGGUACGGACAUCGCCCAACAACCGCUCGGCGAGUGCCCCCGCCUCCCCGCGUGAGAUGCUGAGCCUGAAGGAGCGGAAAGCCGAAUACGAGACGACCGCAGCCAACUCCACUUACCAUGGCAACAAGGGCGAGCACACCUCCAGGAAGGAUGCCAUGGCAGCUCAAAUCGCCAGUGGAACCUCCACACUGUUCCGCAGUGCUUAUGUGUCCCCCGGUGAUGACCUCAAGCAUAACCAGGUCUCGAACCAGGGCAACCCUGCGGAGGCCUACCCCCCGUUUCAGACUCCCCCCGGGGCCAAUUUUGAGGAGGUUUACUACGAAGACCAGGUGCAGCAGCGCCCUCCGGCCGCCACGGACGACGCCCUUCACCUGGGCCUGAAGUCCACCGGCAACUACGUGGACUUUUACUCGGCCUCGCGGCCCUACAGUGAACUCAACUACGAGACGAGCCACUACCCCGCCUCCCCCGAUUCCUGGGUGUAGGGGCGGGGCCCGCGGGCACGUCCGCACUCAGAGAGAGACCGGCCCGGCAUGUGCAUGAACACAACAGGAAUGCACACCUACACACACACACACACACACGCUCACACACACACACGGACACACCCCAUCAGCCGGGGGCGAGAGCCCGCUCCAAGGACGGCAGCUCCCAACCAGCUGCUGAUUUCCAGUGUCCAUUCCAGGGAGUUUUGCAGAGAUAAGGCUGCAAGGAUGUGUUCUAUUGAGCGCUGGCUGUGCAGCGGAAUGAGGAACGUUCGGGAAAGAGGCGGGAAGGGUACGUUAAGCACAAGGAAUGGAUGAAUCAUUCAACACAAGCUGAGGAAACAGUUGUGACGCAUUUUUAGAACAUCGCUUUUAUGUUCGACCUGCUUUUUACGGAGCGCUCUCUUCAUGAGGAGAUUUUCAGAGCCUGUUCAUCUUUUUUUCUUCAUCACUUUUAUUUUGUACCUCCUCUUUUUAACUUCUUAAUUCUAGUGUAAAGUAUUUGUUGUAUAUUGCAUAUGUAGAUACAAGUUACAUUACAGUUGUAUAUUACAGGAAAAAAAAGACCAUGUCCUGCUCUGUUACUUAUAAUAUCAUUUCCUGGUAUUCGCAGUAUUCCUGGUAAACAGGAAAGGAUACACAAACGUGAAGAUUCUCUUCUGUAGAGAGGAGACGUUUUAGCAGCAGAAAGGUAGGCUAGGAUCUAGAAGUGUAGUGAACUCAGAUUUUGGGUUUUUUUAUGUCUUGUUUUUUGUUUUUUAACAGCUGAGAUCAUGACAUUGUGCAUUAACUCACACAGCGGGUGCUACACUGCCUAGCAAGAGUUUACUGGUGAAAUCAGAAACGUUUUUAGCUUCGUUCUGCUCCGAGGUUUGGUUUUUUUUUUAACACUCUGUUAAGAUUCAAGCAACAGACUGAACUGAAACUCUGUUGCUCCACUACACUCCUGUUGAUCUGUGCUCCAUUUUGUAAAAAUGUGCCAAACGUGGUCAAUCCUGAGCCAGGGGCGCUGCCAAGCUGACACUGGAGUUUACAUUCAACACCGACGUCGUUGGUUCCCACGGUGACAGUUUGUACAUUUGUUUUUUGUUUGUUUGUUUGUUUUGGGGUUUUUUUUACGUCUUGACAGCAUUCAGCCGUGCACUGCGAUGAGACUGAUUACUUGGACGACAUGGUCAUUCAAGACCAGUAUCCCUCUGAACACGUAGAAUUAGUUAACGCUGUUGUAAAAUAGACGACUGAACAAUCCCGUUUUUCCCGUCCGCCAGAAGUCAGUGGUUCUUAAGUUCAUCGUAGACUAAUCUGUCAAUAGAGUAUGAAUAUAUAUUAUAUAAAUACAAAUAUAUAUAUAUACUUUUUAUGUGCAGACGUGGAUGUCACCUAAUGCAGCAGCAUUAUGAAGAAAACAUGUAGGCUUUGGUUUGUUAUUUUUUACAGAUUUACACCUCAAACUGUUUCCCUCCUGUUGUUAUGUUGUUGCUGUGUGAAAUGGGUGAAGCCAGGGCUCCAGGCACAGAGGAACGAUGCAACCAGGUGUCUAAAGACCAGAAA